AUGACUCAUAUAUUGUUGAUAACGUUAGGUAUUGUACUAUUUUCUACAAUACCAUUUUCACCAUUUAUUUAUGCUCAAUAUAAUAAUAAUAUGUAUAAUCAAAGAUAUCAACAAAAUAAUCAAGUUAAUGGGAUGUAUAAUCAACAAGGAUAUCAAAAAAAUAUUAAUAAUAUGAGAUCAUCUUAUGUACAAAAUAAUGGUAAGCAACAAGGAUUAAUUUCUGCUAAUCCUAGUAGAAAUAAUGCUGUAACUGGUACAGGACCAGGUAUUGUUGAAGUUGGUGCUGAAGUUUAUGUUAAAUUAAAUUCAUAUAAUAAUCCAUCUUUAACUAUGCCUAAUGCUACAACAUGUUCAUGUCCAACAGGUAAAUUAUGUCCAUAUCUUGAACCAAAUAGAAUUCCAUGUAAUUUUGGUUUUACUAUUGUAAUGUCAAAUAUUGAAGGUGAAGUUAAAUAUUUGAGUAGUGAAUUUUUCCCUUCAACAGGAUAUUUAGAUCUUACUUCACAAGGUAUAGAAACAAAAGUUAAUAUGGGAUCAAAACCAACAAGUAUUGAUAUAUUUGUACAUCAAUUUGGUGUUGUUAUUAAUUCAGAAACAGGAGCAUUAGAACGUUUUCAAUAUUUAUAUCACGUUGAUACAUUUGUUUUAUCAACAAGAAAUAUAUCAGCAUCUCCUGUUGGUGGUUCACCUAAUAGACAAAUUCCAACAUUAACAGGACAACUUGUUGGAUCAACAUUAACUCUUGAAUAUUAUACACAAUGUUUAGAUAAUAGAGUUGGUCCUAAUUGUGAUAUUGUUUGUGAAAAUACACCAAACCCAAAUACAAAUCAAAUAUUAUGUUACUCAAAUAUUACUGGUUAUGCAUACACCUGUGCUCCUGGAAGUACUUUUGCAUCAUUAACACCUAAUUGUACUAUAUGUCCAAAUGGAAUUGUUAAUGGAACAUGUAGUGGUACUGUUGUUAUAUCUGAUGCUGAAUUAGGUCUUGUUCCAAGUGGUUUCCGUAUAGCUACAAUUGUUUUAGGUUGCCUUUUAGGAUUAUCAUUAAUUUUUAUUUUAUUCUUGAUAAUUCUUUUUUGUAUAAUGAAAAAUCGUUAUGCUAAAGAGAGUGAUAAUAAAAAAUAUACAAGUUCAGGUUAUGUAAAAGUAAAUAGUUCUGAUAAUACAUUAUUUGGUGAAAGAAAAAAAUUUUCAGGACAACAACAAAAUACUUUUAAUCAAGAAUCUGAUUGGUCUAAUAAACCUGCACCUAUUAAAAAUGGUGUUCCAACAUUAUUAAAUAGUGUAGUAAAUACAACACAACAUGAAACUCGUGAUGUAUCAAAUUAUAGUGAUGAUGGAAAUAGAUCUGGACAAUUUUCAGUAAGAAGAGAAGCACAAGUUUAA